UGGCUCAAAGGUAGUUGCACUGGCACGAUGUGCCUGUCCGUGAGCGAACACCGUCUAAAACCACAGUAGACGCCGGAACGACCGCGCUGCGAGAGUGCGCAGCAGGUGUGCCAUCCAGGAAUUCAGGAUGCCCUGGAGUGUUUGGCACUGGGUACUGCUCUUCGCACCAGCUGAGGGCUUGAUCCGGGAAUUCUAUACCACCAAUGCGGCCUGCAGACAACAGUACUGCAUCAAUCCAGUCUAUCCAGGCCUCCAAGAUUUACCUCGCUUGGAAAAGAAGAGGUGGGCCAAAAUUGGCUUGCUGAAUGUGUCCAAGUCCAUGGACUUCUGCAACGCCACGAUCGACUACAACGUGGCCUUGCCAAUGAGCGGCAAGAAUACCAGUAAGGCCUUCAUUCAGGAGCUGGUUCAAAAGCAAGAACAGGAAGCAGUCCAGACGUACUUCAUCCACUUGUCGGCCAUGGGCAUCGAGCCCUGGGACCACUUCAGGCCCUUCGAGGAUUCCUCCUUCCAACUGCGCAGCUGUGCGCGAGCUGUCGCCAGGAUGGCGUGCUACACCUACUUCCCAGCAGCCAUCCACAACGUCCCCGAUGGUGCUGAAGUCAGGUAUCAUCGGCCUUGUGACACGGGCUGCGAGAGCUACAUUCAGGCCUGUGGGGUGGAGUGCUGUGACGAGAGCACCGUGUGCGCGUGGAACGCUCCACCCACUGCGGCCCUGCCGAUGUUCCAGGCAGAGGUGGCGGAUGGUGACGAUCCGUCCUGCUGCCCCGACAAGAAGGCCAACUUGACCGAAACCUCGAGCCCUAGUUCUGCGCCCAGGCAUACGCAGGAUGCCGACGGCCAUGACAUCACUCUCUUGUCAGGGUAUGCCAAAGCAAGUGACGGCCUAUGUACUGGAAGAUAGCAGUUCACCCAACGAGAAAGCUGGUGCACGCGCGAAAGCUGCGAAGUGGUCAA